AUGAGUUUCGGAUUCAGCAUUGGCGAUUUCCUCGCUGCCGCACAGCUAGCGCACAAGAUUCGCAAGGACUUUAGCGGAGCGCCGAGCCAGUUCAAGAGUCUUUCUGACGAAACCAAACUUCUGUCCAUGGUGCUUCAAGAUGUCGACGUCAAAGUGGACGAGUCGGACCUCACCCCACAACAAGAGACCAACCUAGAGCAAGCCAUGAGCACGUGUGAAGCCGUUCUCCAUGACCUACAAGCUGUUUGUGACAAUUUCAGCGACAUGGAUACCUCGCAAGGCCAUUCUCGCAAGUCUAUCCGACGAGUUUGGAAGAAGCUCAAGUGGGAGCCUGACGAGGCUCGAGAGCUUCGUGAGCGCAUCAGUUCCAGCAUUUCUCUGCUCACGACAUUGUUGAACCAACUUUCCAGCGAGACAACCGUUGCCGUGAAGAAAGGCGUCGACCGUCUGAACGAGGGACAAGAUCGUCAAGAACGACUUAACACUCUCAACUGGCUCAGCUCUUUUGACCACAUGGCUCAACAGAACGAUAUUUCUGCUCGAAGGGAGGCCGGUACAGGUUUGUGGCUUCUUGAAUCCCGAGAAUUUGUGUCUUGGAAGUCCUCCAAGGGCAAAACCCUCUACUGUCCAGGCAUUCCCGGUGCCGGGAAGACAAUUCUUUCGUCCGUAGUGGUGGAGGAACUCACAAAGCGAUUUCAAGACGACUCGAACGUCUGUGUUGCUCACGUUUACUUCAAUUAUCAGCAGCAGGAGAACCAAACUAUCGAUCAAGUCUUUGGAAACUUGCUCAGACAGCUCGUGGCGGGGCAAUCCCAUAUUCCAGACGCUGUUCAGGAUGUCUACAAAGAACAUUCAAAAAGGGGCUCCAAACUGAAAUUCGAAGAGAUUUCUAAGAUUCUCCACAGCUUGUCUGCCCUAUACUCAAGAGUUUUCAUCAUUGUCGACGCCCUCGAUGAAUGCCCCUCACGGGACGGGCGCCGGAACAUCCUGUUGUCAGAAAUCAUGAAGCUGCAAACUGCUCUCUCAGCCAAUGUCUUGUGCACAUCCCGGCCCAUCCCCGACAUCGAAACAUGGUUCCCCAAGGCUGUGUCCAUCAAGGUCCGAGCCAGCGAGCAUGACGUUCGAAAGUACCUCGAUGGUCAAAUAGGGCGGCUACCAGGUUUCGUGGCACGCAGCCCCGAGCUCCAAGAGCAAGUCAAGAAACAGAUAGUGCAGGUUGUUGACGGAAUGUUCCUCCUUGCCCAUCUUCAUCUGGAGUCUUUGAUGUACAAGCGCACUGCCAAGGCCCUACGCACAGCCCUCGAAGGACUCCCACGAGGUUCGACUGCCUACGACGAUACCUAUGAGAGAACUAUGAGACGAAUUGAAACACAGUCACCUGACCAGGCAGGCCUCGCCAAGGACGUGUUGCAGUGGAUCGUCUGCGCAAAGACCCCCCUGCCAGUAUCAGAAUUACAGCACGCUCUGGCUGUGGAAUCUGGUGAAGAUGAUCUGGACUUUGACAACCUCCCGGACGCUGAUGACAUGGUGACCGCCUGCGGAGGGCUAGUCACCAUUGACCAGGCAAGCGGCAUUAUCCGUCUCGUUCACUACACCACUCAAGAGUACUUUAAACGCACCAGAGAGGCCUGGUUUUCCACUGCUGAAGAAAAAAUGGCCGACGUUUGUCUCGCAUAUCUGUCGUUUGAGCCGUUCAGGAGAGAGCAAUGCAAAACCUCUGGCGCGCUCCAGAAGCGUCUUGAAGACUGGCCGUUCUAUCAAUACGCUUGCCAAUAUUGGGGAUACCAUGCUUGCCAGACGUCGCCUGCCAGAAUACUAUCCUUCAUCCGGCUGAAACAAGCUUUUUGUUCCUCUCUUCAACCCUUGUUCCAGACUCAUGGGUUUGUCCGGAACCAAAUUGGUCCAACUUGUAUAGAGCUCGGUUAUGGCAGCGGUCUGUUUGGCAGCAAUCUGUUGAAUUCAGUCAAGAGCCAAGUCACCGGCCUUCACAUCGCCGCUCUUUUUGGCCUUGUUGCCAUUGUGCCGGAGCUCGCCAUUUCCGAUACCGUCGACAAGCAAGAUGCCAAGGGGUGGACACCCCUUGCCUUCGCGGCAGUGCAGGGUCAUGACCCUAUGAUCCAGCUGCUGCUCGAACAUGGAGCGAAGGUUGACGUCCAGGAUAAAAUAGGUAUGACUUCCUUGCAUCGAGCUGUGAUAAACGGACAUGCCAAAGUUUGUGAGACACUGGUUGAAACCGGCCGAGCCGAUGUGGAUCUCAAAGACUAUUAUGGUCGAACCCCUUUGUCAUAUGCUGUCGAAAGAGACUCGACCUCAAUCGCAGAUGUUUUAUUGAGAAUUAGUGAUGUCUACGUCACCUUUCCGGAAUUUGGAGAUAAAAUCGACUUGGACUAUUACGAAGGUGCUGCCCGUGAGUCACCCAUGUUUUACGCAGUCAAGCAAGAGAACGAGGAGAUGCUCAAAAGACUGCUCGCGACGGACCAACCAAAAUCUGUCGAUAUGCUUUUGGCAAUGGCCAUAAUGUUUGGGGAAGAACUCUGCUAUCUUAUGCUGCGCGCCAAGGAUAAAGAUUAUAUGCAGAGGACACCGCUAUCCUAUGCUGCUGAAUACGGCCAUGAGCAGGUGGUUAAAUCCCUCCUACAGGCUCCCAACAUUGACGUCAACUCGAAAGACGACAAACAACGGACUCCACUGUCAUAUGCUGCUGAACAUGGCAAGAUAGAAGUUGUCGAAGCGCUUCUACAGACAUCCGCCAUCAAUGUCGAUCCGAAAGCUGCGGAUACAUCGCUGGACAAGUCCAUCGCGGGCCAAACGCCUUUGUCAUUUGCCGCCGAGAGAGGUCAUCUUCAAAUUGUGGAAAGACUACUCGAAACUGGCCACGUUGACCCAGACGCGUGUGGCAGAGGUCCCCUUUGUCGGGCACCUCUAACAUGGGCUGUCCUGGGUGCAGGAAAAGUUCUUCCAAGGAACCAAGAAGAACAAGAGAGUUUCACGGCCGUGGUAGACCUUCUGUUGAGAACAAAGCCAGUCGACGUCCAUUCUUACCCUCUUCCUUCUCACAGGAUAGUAAAUAGUUUCACACCUCUCUUGAUUGCCACCAGGGAAUUGCGUAGCCCAAGGAUGGUCGAGUUACUCCUGAAGAAUGGGGCGGACGUGAAUGCAACAUCAGACGACGGUGCAACACCGCUAUCGCACGCCCUCAAGGUUGGAAACAAGAUGGUUAUUGAUCUGCUCUUGGAGUAUGGCGCAAAACCGCUGGAGUGA